AUGCCGCCGACGAAAGCAAGCCAGGGCAAAGGCAAGAUCACAUGGAAUGGCGAGUUGAAGUCCUGUCUACAUAUCAUGCACACGGAUUUCGAUCUACACCGCACGCAGCGAGUACAGAUCUUCAACAUCGUCUUCAAGCGAUACUUAACCAGCUGUGGCCUCGCCGAAGGUGCGGAAAGCAAUACAAUCGAGAGCCAAUACCAUGAGAGAAAAAAGCCAACGGCACGAGAUUGGCCAUCGGUAUGCCAGCCGCCUGCCACCGCUCGAGACAUCGAAGCGAGAGAAGCAUUGAGGACACGCAUUCGGGAGGCGCUGUCGACAUUGCAGUCACAAUAUCGACCUGCAACCGCCACUGAGGCGGACCAAGGCCCAUCAGUUGCACCUCAAUCGAGUGCUCCGGUUGAGAGCGCUGCAACGCCUGUCAGAUCGUCGAGAUUUCGCGCAGCUGUUGCUCAAGCUACGUAUCACCCACCAACAACUCCUCAACCGACCACGUUAGCAAGCGCUUUCGCGGUAAUCCCAAGAGUUGCGACGAAGCGUAGAGCUACACUUGCUACACCUGCUGCUGCUGCUAAACAGAAGGCAUCUACCUCACGAUCGCCAAAAGUCGCCCACUACAAGAAGGAUGGCACCAAAUUCAUGAAGUCACCGCAUACCACAGUCCACCAGCGUCCCGAUAAGGUCUCUGAAUGGGCUGCCCAUCCACCACUGUCUGGUCUUCUGUUUCGGUACUGGGAGGAAGACCCGAUGUGCGAUCGAGAUUCGAGCGAAGGAUUUUGGUCCCGGAAAUACCAUAAGUCGGAUGUACUCGACUACGUCCCGCCCGGGAGUAAUUCGGUCAUGAAUGACAUCUUCAAACAUCUGAACAAGAAACCAGUGGAUUCUCCAUUCAUUUCGACAUCCUCGUCGCUCCUUUGGAUCAUCUCUGAAAAGCUCCUUAAAGGAUUGAAAGACGGCAACACUUCUGGAAGACUGACCAUUAUCGAUGCCACUGCAUUGAAGAAAGAAACCGUGUUCUACGUGAAUCCGUUUCAUAGGGCCAUCAAAAAAACCUAUGCAUUCACAGACGGAGCAUGGAGAUACGCUGGCACCAACGAGUACCUUGUGUGGCGAGACAUACCUCGUCGCGCCAUCUUGCACACCUUCAACUCCCGAGACCUACUUCAACUUUCCGCCAGCAGCCAAUCUGUACACGCUGCACUGCGACUGGAAGUCCUGGACCAACCACGCACGAGCUUAGUUGGUGGGAAAGUACCAAUGCUGCGAAGUGGCAACGUCCAGCUAAACGCAGACAUCGUCGUCGGAUUGACCAAGCUAUGCAAGUUCUUUGGGUUGGAUGCGCACUCGUCCAUGGAACACAUUUCACACAUUGUGAGCGAUGUUGUCCAAGGAUGGGUUCUCCAGGUCGAACGCCGUGAGCGUCAUGAGUGGGAUCAGCUUGCCACGAUCUUCGCAGAGAACAUUGCAAAGCGCAGCACCGCACCCGUCUCCGUCACGGAGAAAGACUGCAUGAAGAUGGCCUUCCUCAACGGCGUCUCAUGGGGAGAUGGUCCAAUCAACGCCAGACACUCGGCCGAGCUGAUUGCCAGAAAGGAUCGAAAGGCGAAGGCGAAAGGCCUAGCUGAGCCCGACAAGAUCGUCCUCCAGCAGUACGAAGCCUCACGGCUGCAGGUUGUUUCAUACCAGCUGAGGGAGAAGCAACGUCUUGAAAAGCACCAUGAGCAGAGACCUUCUCUUCUUGCCGGGCCCGAGGACGGUCAUGACGAUGAAGACGAAAUGGACAUGGUGGACGAGGACGUGGGACUGGAGAUUGAGGAGGAUGUGGAGCCCACCACGCCGAUGCAGGUGGACGAAGAUGAACAGAUCACGUACGACGACGAUUACGACGAUGAGCUUAUGGCGUGA